AUGGACCAUACUCUUCUGAAACGACACAAAGAAGCCCCCGGCUGCGUCUGGAAACCUGGCAUGGUCGGACCAGCAUGUCGACCCCCCUCCGCACUCAAAAAAGCCGCAAUGGCUGGCAAAGAUUCGUACUACGAGAUGGCCAAAUACAGUCGUAUCACCACUUGGGUCCUUCUCUCCCUCCUCGCAGUCGUUGUUCUACGCAAUCUUCUCGCUAAACUUCGACACUCUUCCUCCAAUCCUCGACUCUCGCUCCUCGUCCUUUCCAUUCCGGGGUACAAGACUGUCGCAGCGAUAUGUAGAGGUGUGGGGUAUUAUCGACCCAAAAGGAUCUUUGCACGCAGGACCAUCCUCAGCGAUGUUGUUUCCGCUGAUAGGUUCCCUUCCCUCGGAAAUAUUUUGGCGAUUACACUCCCAACGAUAGGAUUCACAGCAUGGUGUUUCGCCAUCAAACCGUACUACCGACCCACUGUUGUCUGGGGUAGUACACCUCUAGGCGUACGAGCAGGAAUGAUCGCCAACGCUUUCUUCCCUUGGCUCUUCGCAUUCGGACUCAAAUUCAACCCUCUUACUUUCCUCACCGGUAUCAGCCAUGAAAAGCUCCAAUUCUACCAUCAAUGGACAGCCCGAGUCAUUCUCUUCUUCUCCAUUGUACACACUGUUCCUUUCCUCUGGCAGCCUGUACACGAUGGCGGAUUUUCGAACCUCAAAGCGUGGUACUACUACGAUAAGGUUUGGUGGACAGGAACUGUUGCGCUCGCGUUCCUAGCUUGGUUGGUUGUAUCGAGUUUCGGCUGGUUUAGGAGGAUGUCGUACGAGUUCUUCGUCUUCCAACAUGUGCUAACGAUCGUGCUGUUUUUGGUGUUCUACUUCAUGCACACGAGGGAUAUGUUAACCAGUUGGAGCUGGUUAUGGCCUAGUGUUGGGGUAUGGGGAUUUCACGUGUUGAUGAAGUUCGCGAAUUCGUUGCGUAUCAGCAGGUUCACGGGUGUACAAGGAAUAGUGACGGUGGUAGAUGAAGAUGAGAAGCUGUUGAGAUUGGAAGUUUCUGCUCCUGUCUCGUGGCAAGCGGGACAGCAUUUCUUCUUGCGCUUUCCCGGACUCAACAGGGCUGCGCCUUAUCAAACACAUCCUUUCACCGUCGCGAACCUCCCCAUUCCGAACGGCAACUUGGACUCGCAUCUCAUCUUCUACUUCAAGGCUCGGGACGGGUUAACAAAGAGUAUGUGGGAAAGGCUCAUGCGUUUGCCUGCUAUAAAAGGCGAAAUCUCAACCACGGUCAAAGUGGCACUAGAUGGGCCUUAUGGGUCGCCCUUCCACCCAGCCUCGUACCAUUCCGAUCUCAUGCUGGCUGGCGGUGUCGGAAUGACUUCCAUCCUCCCUGCACUCAUGAACCUCUGCAUUGCGGCCCGAGCCAACUCCCACGACCGAAUCACAUCUAGAGUUGCGGUCCACUGGGCUAUCCACUCCCUCCGCGUCUAUGAUGUUUUUGAGGGUUCGCUACGACCUAUUAUCGACCAUCUUCGAGCACUGGGUUUUGAUGCGACCCUCGAUGUGUACUGUCGUGAACAACUGCCGGAAGUUAUCGAAAAGGAUGUUAAGGAGGGUAUUAGGAUGCAUAGCGAUAGAGCCUCAGUGCCAGAGAUCGUAAGUGGCUUUGUGGAGGAAGAGAAGGAAAAGAGGACGAUUGGAGUGACGGUUUGUGGUCCGGCUGGGAUGUUGAGCGAGACGGCGAACAGUGUUGCGCGGUUGCAGUGGUCGCAUGUUCUGUCCGGUGGGAACGGGGUGCAGGAGCUGUACUUGCAUACGGAGGCUUUCGAUUGGUAG